AUGAGGCUCCUGGUGGUCGCAUUCUUAGUUACCCUCACGGUGGCGUCACCCGUCAAUAUCAUCAGUGCUCGUAACCAGCUUGCUCUCCGGCAAGCCUCCGAGCCCUGUACAAUCGGCUACUGUACCCAAAACGGUGGCACCACCGGAGGUGCUGGCGGCGCAAGUGUCACCGUCAGUACUGUCGACCAACUUGUUGCUGCCGCUCAGAAAGAGGGCCCUCUUACCAUUUUCGUAUCCGGCGCCCUCUCCGGAAACGUCAAGGUCCGCGUUUCUUCCCAUAAGACGAUCAUUGGGGAGAAGGGUAGCUCUCUCACCAACAUUGGCCUCUUUGUCCGCGAGGCUAAGAAUGUUAUUCUACGCAACCUGAAAAUCAGCGGCGUCAAGGCUGCCAACGGGGACGCAAUCGGUAUAGACCGGUCUACCAACGUCUGGGUCGACCACUGCGAUCUUUCGGGCGACCUGAGUGGAGGCAAGGAUGACCUUGACGGUCUCCUCGACUUCUCGCACGCCUCUGACUGGGUAACGGUUUCCAACGUUUACCUACAUGACCACUGGAAAGGGUCUCUUGCCGGCUCAGCCGACACCAACACCGAGGAUAAGGGCAAGCUGCACAUCACCUACGCCAACAACUACUGGUACAACAUCAACUCCCGUACCCCUUUUGUCCGCUUUGGCACCGUCCACAUCAUCAACUCGUACUACGACAAGCUUCUCUUAAGCGGCGUGAACCCCCGAAUGGGUGCCCAGGCUCUCGUACAGAGUACUGCCUUCGCCAACAGCCCUGCCCGGGCCAUCUUUUCCGAAGGCUCAACGGAGCCAGGUUUUGCCGUGGUCGAGGAUGUUGAUCUCGGCGGCUCGCAGAACACUGCUCUCAAGGGAAACCUCACGUCUGACUCCCUACCUUACAAGAUCGCUCCCAUCGGCUCGAGCAAGGUCGCCAGCACGAUUCCUUUUACUGCUGGUCAAAAGUUGUAUUAA